UUUUCAUGGGAGACCACGCCUUCAGAUAGACGUCAUCACUCACCCGGAAGUGGCGUGACGUCACCGCGAGGCCGUUUUGUCUCUGCGAAUGCUCAAGGAAUCGCCGCCGCCGCCACCACAACAACAACAAACAACAACAACAAUAAACAACAACAAUAAACAACAGCAGGCAUGGGCAACACCGACACCAAAUUGAAUUUCCGCAAAGCCGUGAUACAGCUGACGACCAAGACGCAGCCCGUGGAGGCAACGGACGACGCGUUCUGGGACCAGUUCUGGGCAGAGACGGCGACGUCGGUGCAGGACGUCUUCACGCUCGUGCCGGGAGCCGAGAUCCGCGCCGUGCGCGAGGAGUCGCCCUCGAACCUCGCCACGCUCUGCUACAAGGCGGUGGAGAAGCUGGUGCAGGGAGCUCAGAACGGCUGCCCCUCGGAGAAGGAGCGCCUUGUGGUGCUCAACUGCACGCGGCUGCUCACGCGCACGCUGCCCUACAUCUUCGAGGACCCCGACUGGAGGGGGUUCUUCUGGUCCAGCGUGCCCGGGGCCGGCCGAGCUGGGAGCGAGGGCGAGGAGGAGGACGAGGUGGACGCAUGCCCCCUCGCCCGCUCGCUGCUGCUCGCCAUCUCCGACCUCCUCUUCUGCCCGGACUUCACCGUGCACGCCAACCGCAAGGCCGGCCCGGAGUGUGCGGACGAGGGGCAGGGCAUCGACAGCUGUGAGUUCAUCUGGGAGGCGGGGGUGGGCUUCGCAGUGUCGCCUCCCGCCAGCGCCCAGCACGACGCUAACAGGACGGAGCUGCUCAAGCUGCUGCUCACCUGCUUUUCGGAGGCGAUCUACCAGCCCCCCCCCAGCGAGGGCUCCCCCACCAACCCCUGGGUCUCCUUCUUCUGCUCCGCUGAAAACAGGCACGCGCUGCCGCUGUUCACGUCGCUGCUCAACGUGGUGUGCGCCUACGACCCGGUGGGCUACGGCCUCCCCUACAACCACCUCCUCUUCUCGGACUCGCGCGAGCCGCUCGUGGAGGUCGCCUGCCAGGUGCUCGUCGUGACCCUCGACUUCGACGCCGCCACGGCGGGGGCCACCGCCACGGGCGGGGGGGGGGCCGCCGGCGGAGGGGGCGGGGGACCAGGCUGCGGCGGCGGCGGUGGUGACGACGCCGAGGCCGCCGGACCGGACAACCUCUUUGUGAACUACCUCUCCCGCAUCCACCGUGAGGAGGAUUUCCAGUUCGUGCUGAAGGGCAUCAGCCUCCUGCUGAACAACCCCCUGCUGCAGACGUACCUCCCCAACUCGUGCAAGCGAAUCAGCUACCACCAGGAGCUGCUCAUCCUCUUCUGGAAGCUCGCGGACUUCAACAAGAAAUUCCUCUUCUACGUGCUCAAGAGCAGCGACGUGCUGGAGAUCCUGGUGCCCAUCCUCUACUACCUGAACGACGCACGGGCCGAUCAGUCGCGUGUGGGGCUGAUGCACAUCGGCGUGUUCAUCCUGCUGCUGCUGAGCGGCGAGCGCAACUUCGGCGUGCGUCUCAACAAGCCGUACUCGGUUCGCGUGCCCAUGGACAUCCCCGUGUUCACCGGCACGCACGCCGACCUGCUCGUCAUCGUGUUCCACAAGAUCAUCACGAGUGGACACCAGCGCUUGCAGCCGCUCUUCGACUGCCUACUUACGGUCAUCGUCAACGUGUCCCCGUAUCUCAAGAGCCUGUCCAUGGUGGCCGCUAACAAGCUCCUGCACCUGCUGGAGGCCUUCUCGACCACCUGGUUCCUCUACUCGGCACCGCAGAACCACCACCUGGUCUUCUUCCUGCUCGAGGCCUUCAACAACAUCAUCCAGUACCAGUUCGAUGGCAACUGCAACCUGGUGUACAGCAUCAUCCGCAAGCGCGCCGUGUUCCACGCGCUGGCCAACCUCCCCACGGACCAGGCCUCGGUGCACAAGGCCCUGCAGCGGCGCCGCAAGGCCUCGGACAGCAGCGGCUCCCGGCGCGGCUCCCAGGACGGCACCUCCAUGGAGGGCUCGCGGCCCGCGGCCCCCGCCGAGCCCGGCACGCUCAAGGCCACGCUCGCCGCCACGCCCGGCCUGGACAAGCUGACGGAGCGCGCCCACGUGGCGGACGACGGCUCGGCGCAGCGGCUGGACGGCGCCGGCGAGGCAGCGGGGGGAGGGGAAGAUGGCGCCGCCGCCGCCGCGACCCCCACCGUCAACACCACGACCUCCAGCACGGGCAGCAUCACGGCCGGCGCCAGCGCCAACGCCAGCGCCAACGCCAGCGCCAACGCCAGCGCCAACGCCAGCGACAACGAGUCCAGCGUCGGGCAGCAGGAGGCGGUGGUGGUGACGCGGAGAGACAUCAAACGCUCGAGCAGCGUCUCCAGCUCCAGCUCGGGGCAGUGGGUACCCACCACUGAGUGGGUGAUGUCCUGGAAAGCCAAGCUGCCGCUGCAGACCAUCAUGCGCCUGCUGCAGGUGCUGGUGCCACAGGUGGAGAAGAUCUGCAUUGACAAGGGCCUGACGGACGAGACGGAGAUCCUCAAGUUCCUGCAGCACGGCACGCUGGUGGGUCUGCUGCCCGUGCCACACCCCAUCCUCAUCCGCAAGUACCAGGCCAACGCCGGCACGGCCGCCUGGUUCCGCACCUACAUGUGGGGCGUCAUCUACCUACGGAACGUGGACCCGCCCGUGUGGUACGACACGGACGUGAAGCUCUUUGAGAUCCAGCGCGUGUGAGCUCCUCGCUCCCACGCCGAAUCGACCACCGCCACCACCGCCAGCACCACGCCGUCCGUCCAUCCGUCCUCCGAUUCGCCGCCGCUCGCCGCGAUCGCCCGUUCGCAGCGCGCGGGGUGCCGAGCCGCACGCCGGGCCCACGCGGCCACCGGCACCGCGGCUACGGCGGGCGCGGCGGUGAUGGCGCGCGUGGGGGGGGGGGGCUGGGAGGGCAGCGGUGUUGGUGGUGGCGCGUUCAUCCGACUGGCGUUGUGCGAUGGCGUGGAGUGCGUUUCACCGCGUGCGAGCGAGUGUGUGAGUGAGCCACUAUGAGUGAGUGCGAGCGUGUGAGCGAGCGUGUGAGCGAGUGGCAGUGCGUGACGUACCCGCCCGACACCAGGGGGCCACUGGUGACCAGGGUGGUGGAGGGGGGGACGUGCGUGCGGUGUCCUCCACGCACGGCUCGUGCCGGCCACGUCGCUUACCGCGGGGUCACGGGGGUCGCGGGACCGAGCGUGUGGCGGUG